AUUGCAGUCAUCUUCCGCGUGUACUGCGCGGACCACACGUACUGCACGCUGCGCUGCCCGGUGUCCUCCACGGCGGAGCACAUCAAACUGUCGGCCGCCGACAAGCUCAAGCUGGGCCCCACCGAGGACCUGGUGCUCGUGGAGGUGCGCUCCACUGGGGAGCGGAUCGUCAUCCCGGACAACGACCUGUCCGUGCCCACUGGCCUCGCGGGUCUCAACGCGCGCCUCUUCGUCGCCCCGCGGGAGCACAUCGACGCGCUGACGCCGUUGCCGGAGCAGGAGGGGGCGACGGAGGCCCUGGAGAUUGACCUCGAGUUGUUUAGCAUGAAGGAGCUGGCCUACCACAUGACCCUCUUCGACUGGGACCUGUUCUGGAGCGUUCACGAGUACGAGCUGCUGUACAAGACGUUCGGCAGGCAAUCCUUCAACCAGAUCACAGCCAACCUGGACGUGUUCUUGCGCCGCUUCAACGAGAUCCAGUAUUGGGUCAUCACUGAAGUGUGCCUCGCCACGCAGCUGUCAAAGCGAGUGUCUGUGCUGCGCAAGAUGAUCAAGUUGGCCCAGUACUGCCGUGACUUCAAAAACCUGAAUGCGCUGUUUGCCAUCGUGAUGGGCCUCGGAAACGUGGCCGUGUCGAGACUGUCGCUGACGUGGGAGAAACUGCCUUCCAAGUCGCGCAAGCUGUUCACCGAGCUGGAGGCUCUCAUCGACCCGACGAGGAACCACAGAGCCUAUCGGAUAGCGGUAGGCCGACUCUCGCCGCCAGUCAUUCCGUUCAUGCCGCUGCUGAUCAAGGAUAUGACCUUUACUCACGAGGGCAACAAAACUUUCUCAGACGGUCACCUCGUCAAUUUUGAGAAGAUGCACAUGCUGGCUCAGACCAUGCGUAGUAUCAGGAACUGUAGAUCAAGGCAUUUAGUUUUGGAACCCUUUUCACCAAAGGCCGAGCAGGACAUAAAGGAAUAUAUCUCUGCUCUGAGAGUUAUCGACAAUACAAGAUUGCUAAACAGCCUCUCACAGAAAUUAGAACCAAGACGGUCAUAGAUGCCAAUAAGUUGCUGACCACCAUCUAGUCAAGUCGAGUAAAUUCCGACAAUUAAGCCAAAUAAAACAUUUCAUAAGUCGAUUUGACGGCGAGUCAUACAGUAAAUGUAGAUUCGACAUAGAACUGACAUAUUUAUUUUUAUCCUUUGCUGUGUAUUCUCAUUUUCAUUGAAAAUCAUGUCAUCUCGCCUCUCUCAUAUGUCGCCACCAUCCUGGAAAUGCGUCAGGUAGUAUUGCACAAUGAACAGUGCAGUACCACUGAGUCCUGUAGGUGUUAAUGUGAUGUUUUGUAUGAAAGUACUUACUUUGUAAGAUGUAAAUAGUGUAUUUUAAUUUUAGAACUUGAAUACAACAGAAUUUAGUCCAAAUACCAGUGAGGUAUUGCUCGUCCAAAUUAAGAAAGGAAGAAUUCCAUAGAUUUUUCAAAUUAAUAAACAUUGAAAUUUGGAGUGCACUGUAAUGGUAUCCAAUAUAUUUUUAAUCUCACUGGCGAUAAUGGUGGAAAUAUGACAAGUUGUCUAGUGUCGUCUAAGACAGGAAAAAAACUAAAAGUUAAGGAAAUUUUAGGUACCAUGACCAAGGAAAAAGAAAUCAAAAUAGUAAAGUUUGUAUUAUUUUCAUUUUUAUAAGUUUGUACAUGCUAUUGGACUUCAUGUACUCAAUUGUAAGAUCUAUUUUUCCUCACUUUAUAAUUGGGCCCAAUAUCUGUUUAAUUUGCUCCUUGGUAAAUCAAAUUUGACUCUGAACAAUAAGUAGAUCUAUUUAUUUGCAUUGUGCUCCAUUCUAAAUUGUUUGGACAAACACAUGGGAUUGAGUAUGGCAGAUUCAAUAAAAGCUCCUGCCUGACUGUUGACUGCAAAAGAGAAAAUUUCUUUUUAAAAUAAAAUAGGUUUAAUCACUGUACAUGCAUGUACAUAUUUAAAUUGUACAUACUCCACAGAUCUUUUGCAUCUUGUUAAAUGAUAAUGUAGAAUAUGAUUAUAGAAAUGUCAUUUUCUUUCCUAACUCUCUUAUUAAUCAGCAGAUAUUUUUACCCUACCUUGCCUUAAAUUUCAAUCUUAUAGACUGACCUUUUGCAAUGAAUUUCCUUAUUCUCUUUUUAUACCUCACUUUCCUCUCCUUAGCACUUCAGAAAUUGGUUAAAGGUUUAGUUAUAAGAAUCAACAAAAUUCAUUGGUAGAACAUAUCUACAUUUACUAUACUGGGAUAAAUCUUUAUGACAGAAUGUGUUUAGAUCUAGAUCAUUGCUAGGUAUAAGGUAAAAGGACAGGACAGCCCCCUUUAUUAAUUGUUCAUAUGUCAUACAGGGUCUCAUCCAUUACUCUUUUCGACUAAACAAAAUUAAUUGUAAGUCCUAUUUCUACUUAGUUACAGAUACAUGUGACAAUCAAUGUAUGUUGAUUCAAUUGUGGGAGAGCUAUAGGAGUGAGAAUUAUACUGUCCAAACCUAUCAUAUACAUAUACCUAUAAAGUUUGCACCCAUUUCGUUCUCUAUUCAUACAAUCCUAAAAGCUGAAAAAGCUGAACAAACUAUAAAUCGAUUGUCAUAUUUUCCUCCUUUUUUCCUCGGUGCUUCCCAGCAUAACUCUGCUGUGAUCUAUGUAUAAAAUCUUGUCUUUGUACAAUCAAUCAACCUAUCUGUGAUGUGUGCUUGUAAUAUCUUUAAUUCCAACUUCUUUCUAAUUAUGUACAGUAUAUGUUAUUAGGCUAGAGAGACUAUUCUCCGAACUUCAUUUUACUUCGUUUAAGUCCACGUUUCCUUGCUCACUUUGCUCAUAUCUAGUCUUUCACAUUUUCUUUUACAUGAAUAAAAUAACGUCUGGCAGAGUAUUAACACGUAGAGUCCCAGGGGUGUCCCCUUUUAGAUGCUAUUGUGGCCAAACGUGUGGUCGUGUGAGACUCAACAUGUUUCUUCAUUUAAAAAAAAAUACGACAAAAAACAGGCUAUGUCUUCUAGUUGACGAAAUUUCUUCUGAAAUUGAUAAGCUAGAUUGUAACUCCAUGACAAAAUAUAAUAUUAGUUAAGGAAAAAGUCAAUGUAUGUGUGUGUGAGAAAACUAUUCGUCCAAUACAACCAAUUUCAGCAAAA